AAGUUAGUGCUGCAGUUGACUGAUUGCGCAACGCGCCACCUCAGCCAUUGCGUCCUAGGAACGGAGAUCUGAGAAACGCAUUCUGCAAUGGCAGCAUUGUGAGAGUGAGAGCGUGGAGGACUUGGCCUUUGUGUUGCAAUGUUUGCUCGGUUCAUAUGUUCGGUAAGAGGCAAAGAAGAGUGUCGUCCACCUUUGCGAAGGCCAGCUUUUGCAGAUCACUUGUAAUGUAGUGCCUGGUGCAAUGGGGGGAAGCCAUUCUGGAGACAAGUCUUGUGUAAGAAGCAAUAAGACUCUGUUUGUCCUGACAUAGUUUAGAACCUUCCUCUUGAUUGGUAGUGGUGGCAAAAUAAGUCUCUGAGGGCCUCUGCCGAUCAGCCUUGGUCAUGGCCUCCUCUGAGAUCCAGGUUAUCGGGGCGGGUUUUGGCAGGACCGGCACCACCAGUUUGAAAGUUGCGCUGAACCAGCUAGGGUUUGGCCCCUGUCAUCACAUGAAUGAGCUCGUUACACUUGGCGACGCGAGAGGCUUGUGGCUUGACAUUGAGAGGAGCAAGCUGGAGCACGGCAGGGCAGAUCCGGUUUUACUGGCGGAGGCGUUGAAGGAGUAUCGUUCUACUAUGGACUGGCCCUGCACGCGCUAUUGGCGGGAGCUCUCCGAGAUGUACCCAAACGCGAAGGUCAUUCUUACGGUGCGCGACUUCGACAGCUGGUACCUCAGCGCGCAGAACACGAUCCACCGGCUCAGCAAAGCGUACCGGCGCAAGUUCGAGCUGUUCCCCUGGUUAAGACUCCUGCGGAGAAAGGACUACUUGUGGGUGCCGAUCGCGGAUCAGGUGUGGGGGCCGAAGGGGGAGUUCGACGGGCAAUUUGAGAACCGGGACGCGGCACGCAAGAUGUUCGAGCGGCAUAUCGAGGAGGUGAAGGCCCACAUUCCCCCAGAGCGCCUACUAGUCCUUGACAUCAACGAAGGGUGGGAGCCCGUGUGCAAGUUCCUGGGCGUCAAAGUACCAGACACGCCGUUCCCCGUGAAGAACACGACGCAAGAGGCGGCGGGGCGAACGGCUAUGGCGAGAAUAGACAAGAUCCUAGCGGCGCUUCCGAUAGUUGCCGCAGUGGCAGGGGUGGCGAUGUGGGUCUUUUUGCGAGCGCAGCAAGGAGGAUGACGUAAUCAUUUGGCCCCGGAGAUGACGUCAUCAUUUGGCCCGGAUUUAGGAGCUUAUAAGCUGGAACAUAGUUAGUCGAAUAUGGGAUUUGAUGAUGUGCCUUAGUACCAAAGCGGGCGGCCUCGGUACGCACCUCCAGGAAACAAUCGGCGUUUAGUAUGCGGAACUAUUCUUUUGUAACGAAAUAUGCUCGAUCCAAGAUACGCAAAGGACUUGUAUAGAGGACGACAUCGAUUGAGUCAGCAGUUUGCAGAUUGGCACAGGCACUGCAAGCACAUUGCUCUUAUUUUAUGAUUCAUAAGUAGGAUGGCGUUUCGCUAUGGCCUUCUGAGACGAGCAAUAAAGGCGGUUGGCUGGCAAACAUAGAUAACGAACAUAUGUAGGAUAUAGGAGGCUGGACUAGCGGCGCCGAGGAGUGCAUCUCGGCAGAGUGGCGGCAGCCACACAAACUCAAUGGAAUACUCAAAGAAUCUUGAAGUC